AAAUUGUGCGGGGCGCCACUAAUUCUGAAUAUAAACUAUUAUCAAGGGUUUACUCCUUUUUGUAUUAGAGCCGCAAAAAUAUUGGUGAGAUCAACAAUUAGGCAACAAGGACUUCCUUUCUCAUCUUCUCUUUCUUUUCGCACACAAAGUCGACGCUAAAAUACUACUUAAAAUUUGAAACAACCAUCCAAGCCGACUUAUUAAAACUUACAGCAAAGUCAGGCUUCGAACUAGCUGCUACUCGUAUUCAUUUGCUACGUUGACUUGCUGCUUAGAGCUGUCACCUCAGUUUCAACAUUUCGAAGUAGCAAUGUACAAUCAGAAUGGCAAUGUGCCGUUCAGCUGGGCCAACGUACAACGAAGUCAAAAUAGUGACUUACUUGAACCAGAGAACGAACCUACAUCAUCUUCAUCAUCACAAGCGUUCAACUAUACGGAAAGAACCAUUGCUAUAGAACAUGCCCCAUAUAACUAUUACGGAAGAUACCAAGAAAGACCAGCAAACCCGGUACACUCAGGUGUACCUGUACAGGACCUGUCUCACCGACCAAUGGUGAAUGACCUUCAUGGACUGGUCCCAGUCCCAAAUUGGGAUGCAUACAGCCCUCAUACGGCAACACAGCAGGCAACUGCGGCUGUUCAAUCGCUAGAACAAGUCCACCACCCUACUCACAAUGUUCAAUAUCAUCCAUAUCACAUGCCUCAUGCGCAAGCGCCAGCAUGGCCUUACUAUAACCACCCAUACCCAGAUUAUCCUCAACAUACGCGUCGUAAUAGUACUCCACCAAAUUAUCCAAAUUCGGAUAGUAGCGAGGUGACAGUCGGAAAGGCAAAGCCACCGUAUGUAAUAAAGGCUUGCGCUUCGUGCAAAGCCUCACACGUCGCCUGCGAUCCUGGACGCCCAUGCCAACGAUGUAUUCGUCUUGGCAAGACCGACACUUGCGUCGAUGCGACAAGGAAAAAACGAGGGAGACCGAAGAAUAGUACAAAAUCACAACAACAGCAAGCAACUUCUUCAAUGACAGAUAGUACUGGAAGUAGCUCUGCGGAAACGACACCACUUCACAAAGCAGCUAACAGAGAUUUACCAGACCAGCUAUUGGAAUUGAGUCAAAUACUGGGAGAGUACGAAGUCUCGUCUGGAGAGCAAACCCCAGCUGAAUACCCCAACAUGCUAGGCCAUUCCUUAGGGAGAGUGUCAAGCCCCCCAGCCAGUGUUGAACGAAGAGUAACACCACUCAGUCCUUCAGCAGUUUUACGAUCCUAUGCUAUGGAUGGGCAUUCAUCCAUUAGAAAACAAAAAUCAUUACCGAGUUCUUUCUCCGCUCGCAGAGGCUCAUCGACUUCACCUAACUCUUCUCCGAAGCGGCGGCAUUCUCAUCGUUCUACGUUCGAAGCCGCACAGACGAAUAUUCAACCCGUCAUGCUACAACACCAUCAGUCUGUUCAAUAUCCAGGUGCUCAGCAUCGUCCCACAGGUCAGCCUUUUAAAUUUCAAGAUACUUCUUUCAUCGAUGUGCACGGCAGCACUCAAACGAGAAUAUCUUUGGCGCAUACUUACUCAACUGCAUCAUCUGCUCCUUCGAGAGCUAUUCAUCCACUUUCUUCUCAAUUUACUUACACCGAUUCCGAUCAAGAGAUCGAGAAUCAGAAUAUGCAUCACAAUCGAUAGACAUACGGCAGCUACAAUUUUACUUCUCCUUCUCUAAUUAAUAAGGGUCUCCCUUUUUUUUUUUAUAUGUAUCUUGACUAUUUUUUGACCAUGCACGUAUAGCAUCGAGCGAUGACAUAUGCCAAGGGUUUUGUAGAUAAUUAUAGGAGGUUAAUGCAUUU